UGUCGCUGUGCUAACGUUUGAGCAUCAGUCAGCUCAGGUUAGGGCCAUAGCAUCAUAGACAAAAGCCGAGUAUGCUGAAAUAGCAACGACUGAAACAGUAUCUAGACAUGGCACCCAAAUCGCUGUCUGAAAAGUUUGCAAAUUUAGAGGACUUAAAAGAGUCUACCUGCAUUUGCAGGAAACAGUGUAAGAACUGUAAAAUAUUUUGGGAUUCUUCGUCUUAUCCCUUUCAUUGCAUCUAGUUACGCUUUUCUGUUAUUUGGACCUGAGAUCCGAGGUGAAACGCGAGAUUCUCCAAAAGAACAGAGAGGAGACACUGUCACCGGCCGCAACCCAUAUGAAUCACCGAUAUUCUCCAGUAUUCCAGCUGUUGGAUAUCAGCUACCCAACUGAUCUACAGAAUAGGUUGCCUCUGGGGAACAGUGACGAAAACUCUCACCUCAAAGAAGACAGAGACAAUGCCGUCCAUCGCACCAAAAGGAGCCAGCAGAAUAAACGACUUGAUUCAGAAUCACAUGGAAACAAACGAAAAGAAAGGAAAAAAGGCAAGAAAGGCCCUCCGGGUGCACCUGGCCCCCUAGGCCCUCCAGGGCCACAGGGUCCACCUGGUAUUCCUGGCAUUCCAGGUAUCCCUGGGAACAACGCCAUGGGCCCCUCAGGACCACCCGGACCUCCAGGCCCUGCUGGACCGCCAGGGCCACAGGGACCCCCUGGUCUUCAAGGACCCUCAGGGGGCAGAGUCAGAGAUAGCCAGCCUGCUGUGGUACAUCUCCAAGGCCAAGAAACAACAAUACAGGUCAAGGAAGAAGGCGUACUGAGAAACUGGAAAAUGAUAUCCAUGCAUCACAAGGUGUUCAAGAUGCACUCGAGGUCUGGGGAGCUGGAGGUGUUGGUAGAUGGCACCUACUUCAUCUAUAGUCAGGUAGAAGUUUACUACCUCAACUUCACUGACAUUGCUAGCUAUGAGGUGAUGGUGGACAAGACACCGUUCCUGCGCUGUACGCGGAGCAUCGAGACGGGACAGCGGAAGUUCAACACCUGCUACACGGCUGGGGUGUGUCUGCUGCGUGCCCGGCAGAAGAUCUCCAUCAGGAUGGUGUACGAGGACACCUCCAUCAGCAUGACCAACCACACCACCUUCCUGGGGAGCAUCCGCCUCGGGGAGGCCCCCCCGGCCAGCCACUCCUGAAGAGGCAGGCCUACCAACCUGUCUGUCAAGCCACGACCCACCCCUCUUCCAGCAUAUCCACCUAUAGCCUGGGGGAGGCUCCACCCACUCUACUCUUCCUCUACAACCAUCACCACCACCUAUCACAUAUCGACCAAUAAGGAAAUGAGGAGACCCACCUACUCCAGAGAUGACAUCAUGUACAGUACUAAAGUAUCCGCCCUCAGCCUGGGCCAGGCCCGCCCCUUCAGGCUACUACUGAGCUGAUAAGCCCCACCCUCCCUUAUAAUAGAGGGGUGACCUGGUCUAAUGAUAUUAACCACUGCCUGUUAUCUCUGAAUGGAAGAUUCCUUCCACAGAGCGAUGAUGACUAUGACCUUCGGAGAUAAUGAUGGACAAAUAUGCACCCAACGUGUCUUAGCAUUAAGAAAGUGAGGAGUUGCUGAUGUUUGAAGAAAAAAAUACAUUAGACUUUACUUUUAGAAUAGUGCAUUUGUAGAUAAUAACUUGGUUUCCCUGGUCAUAACAUGCUUGAGAAACCAAGAUUGACAGGAGUCAGUCAUGUCUCCACUCAAAGAACUGUCUGUUAGUUAGACAACAUAGGUACAUACUGUAAAAGCUUUUGAAAACAAUAUAGAAAUACAAUGUGUCGCAGUUCUCUGAUGAAAUGAACAUGUAUAGCUGAAACACAAACAUUUCUCUGUUAGAAUGUGCACUGGUUAAAGCAAAUUAUUGAUCUGUAGGCAAAUCUCUCUCUCUUUCUCUCUCUCUCUUGAAUAAUAAGGUCAGUAUGAAUGUUUCUGUUUUAUCUUAAAUGAAGUUGUUUGUUAAAUAUGGAAUCACCUGGAAUAAUCCUGUUGAUUAAAUGUUUUAUUUUUCCAAAUUACUAAUAACAUGACCGUUCAUGAUCACAAGACUUUUCUGGAUGGGGUUAUAGUUAUUUUCUUUAUUUAGUUCUGCUUUGGUUUGUUUGAAAUAACUAAUUCCCUUUGAGCUGAACCAGUCAUGUCCUGUUUCUGGAAGGCCAUUUGUGUUUCAGUUUUUCUCCGAAGAAUUCUGUCUUUCCGUAUACAUAGGCAGCUUGAAGCUUUUGUAAAUAUCACACACAGUCAAAAUAUUUUUCAGCAUAUAACUCCUUCUCAUGUUCAUGUUUAUAUGUGAGUGAACACAUUAGUCUUUAAGGAAUAAUUUAAGGGCACAGAGUAUCUGUCAACAUGCAGUUUCUGGAUGUUUAUGAAACUGCUCUGCACUGUGCAUGUAUUGUUAUUAUUACAGGGUUUGGUCAAUCACCAUGCUGUCAACCUUCUGGAAAAUUGGUGACAAAAGCAGAAUCAAGUCCAGUUGUUUUGAAUAAGUUUGAAAACAGUUAUGGAAGGAACAAUAGAUAAAGAGUUUCAUUCCAAAACACUAUAUAUCCAUUUUCAGAAAUGUUGGUAAAUUAGCUUUUAUUGUUUAGAUAACUUAUGAAAGAGAUAAUUGUGUUUUUUUUCACCAUCUUAUCAUGGCAUGGGGUUGGUCAAUGACAGACAUGUUAUUUGUUUAAAAUCUAUCACUUGA